UAAUAUUGACACGUAUCAUUUUUCUAUAAUAAUAUUGCUUCAAAUUUAGCAUGCAUAGUUAAUAAAGUUCAGUUUAUGUUGAGAUAAAAACAUAUAUGCUUACUGAAAACAACAGAAAUGUUUUGGAUGAUCCAAGAAUCUUGAGAGCAAACUAGACUUAGCAGAUGCAUGAAGUUUUUGCUAAAAUAAUGUUGUAGAGCUAAAAAACUAUUUGCUAAAAUGCAUGAGGAGGAGUCUCACAAGUUAAAUCCGAAGCAAAACCAAGACAAACUGUACAAAAAAAAAAAUAUUGUGUUCGAUAGGGAUAACGGAAAAAACAUUCAAUUUAUUUACAAACACUAUACUUGUAAAGAACCGAACAAAGCUUUCUCGAUAGAUGAUUACAAAUUUGAUUCUGAUAAACUUUAUGAUAUAGGGACUUUUCCAAGAGGAAUUCUAACAAUAAUAAACGUAGAAGAGUUUACGAAUGCUAUUUCUGAUGAGGAAAAAAGGGUGGGUACACGCAAAGAUGCAAAGGAACUUUGUAAUCUUUUUCUUAAACUAGGUUUUAACGUUCAUAGACUUGAUAACCCCAACUUGAAGGAUGUAACAGACAUACUGAAAAAGACAGCAAACGAAGAUGUUUCUAAAAUGAGUUGCUAUGUAGUAGCAGUGCUAACGCAUGGUGAACAGGGAAAAAUACGUUGCUGUGACAAACUUUUAAAUAUAAAUGACAUAAUAAAAGAAAUCUGCGCACCACCAUUAGCCGAAAAACCAAAAUUACUUUUAGUUCAAGCGUGUCGAGGAUCGACAUUUAUGCCAUCGCUUAGUUCUGAUAAAUUAAAAAAUAUAUCAAAGAAAGGAAACCUAUUAGAUCUACCUGCAGAAAGCAAUUUGUUGUGUGCCUAUGCUACUGUAGAUGAUUACGUUUCAUUUCGAUCAGAUGAUGGUUCAUGGUUUAUUCAAGCUAUUGUAUCUAACUUCAAAAAGUACGCUCUUAAAAUGGACGUUGUUCGAAUUUUAACUCGUGUUAACGGUGAUAUAAGCUUAAAAAAGUCGAAAAGCGUAUGUAACGAAAAUAAAAACAGUAAACAAGUUGGAUGUAUAGUUUCUCGAUUACGAAAAGAAUUAUUUUUACCACCACUUUACGGACCUCUUUGAACUUUAUAUAAUAAAUGGUUUUUGAAAGUCUUUGUAGGAAAAAAUUUAAACUUUUUAUUUUAAAAAUUAAAACAUUUCAAUAAAAUUCAAA